CCUUCCCACCUUACGCCCAUCAUUCGCCGCCAACCGCUGACCAGUUCCCCCCCCAACUUGCACUUCUCUACUGGCCGUAACCCGCCAAUCUUGUCACUUCAGUUUGCCAUCAAGGCCAAUUCUUCUCUUGGGCCUUUCUUUUUCCUCAAUUGCAUCUUUCCAGCUUCCCACAUUAUCUCCCAGGGGCACAGGCAGGCACAGACCAAGCCCAAACCGCUAAUCUUAGCGUGCUGGUGGCAAUAUCAUCAUCGAUUUUCGCCGCGUUUUGCUGCUGCUUUCCUGCUUCCCUUUCUUCUCACUGUCGGCUUUCGCAACAGGUCAACGGGAGACAACAGGCUACGUUGCCAGGAAAAUCGCAGAAGAACGUUCUUGUCUAGGCUUGCUCGCGUCGCAAACGUCGCACUCGCUCUCUCGCCAUGGACUCCUCCGCCACUUCCGAGGUCGAGUCUGUCCUGUCCACCAACAGAAGACGCCUAGACACCAGCGCCCCUUCUUCGCCUCCCAGGGACGACAGUGUUGAGCCCAUUGAUGCCGCUUUUAAGAGCAUCGUCGAAGAGGAGGCCAAGGCUCGCGCCGCCAAUGAGAGAAAGACGAAGGCGGCUAAGAAGGCACAGAACGCCAAGAACCGCCGUAAGAAGAAGAAUGAGCUGAGCAAGGAAGAGAGGCAGAGACGGGCCAGGGAGCUGGAGGGCCUGCUCGCCAGGUCUGCCGCUUUCAGUGACAUGCUUCGCACCAAGACACAGGCCUUGGGCCGCGUCGGCACCAGUCUGGAUGGCGAAACACUCGGAGAUCACAAGUUGGAUAUGGCCACUCAGCCCAAGCUGCUGACCGGCGGCGAAAUGCGUGACUAUCAACUCGAGGGUCUCACCUGGAUGGCUGAGAUCUGCCUCCAGGGCCUGUCCGGAAUCCUUGCCGAUGAGAUGGGUCUUGGCAAGACGGUUCAGACCAUUUCCCUCAUCGCCCAUACCAGAGAACAGAACUAUUUGGGCCCUCACUUGAUCGUCGCACCCCUCAGCACCCUAUCCAACUGGAUGGACGAGUUCGAGAAGUGGUGCCCCGAUAUCCCCGUCGUGCUGUUUCAUGGAGACGCCAAGCAGCGGGCCAAGAUUAGAAAAGAGCAGCUGGACCCGAACAUCAAGAAUGGAGUGCCCACGAAAAAGUUCCCCGUAGUCUGCACCUCGUACGAGAUGGUUCUUAGAGAACGAGCUACUCUGGCAAAGUUCAAGUGGGCUUUCAUCAUCAUUGACGAGGGCCACCGCAUGAAGAACUUCGAAUCCAAGCUGUUCCAGGAGCUCGAGAACUUUACCUCGGCAACCCGAAUGCUCAUCACGGGCACGCCUCUGCAGAAUAACCUCCGGGAGCUCUGGGCUCUUCUCCACUUCCUCUUACCUGGCAUUUUCAAAGACUGGGAGGCCUUCGAAGAGUGGUUCAAUUUUGACGAUUUACAGGACGAGGAAGGCACCGAGGGUUUCAUUGCCGACCGCGAGAACCAAGAGUUGAUCAAAAAGAUUCACGUCAUUCUUCAACCUCUUCUUCUGCGUCGAGUCAAGGCCGAUGUCGCCGCUCACCUCCCCAAGAAGCGCGAGUACAUCCUCUUCGCCCCGAUGACCAAGGAGCAGACAGACAUUUAUAACGCCAUUAACGACAAGAAGAUUGACACCCGUGCGUACUUGGAAAACAAGGUAGUCGAACGAUUGACUGCUGCCCUCAACGUGCCUGUCAAGUUGGAGGCUGCCCCUGCGAAACAGGCAGACAUUCCUAUCCGAAGCAGCCCUAGAAAGGCAGAGUCGAAGGCGGUGCUUGAGCCCAAGAAGACCAACGCAUUCUCGGCUAUGAUGAACCGAGCUAGAAGCUCAUCUAGCAAGGUCCAAGACAUUGGAACGGCGGCGUCCAAGACUCCGUCCAAGGCAUCUUCUCGCGCCAGUUCCAAGCGCAAAGAGGCGCCCACCUCUGAGACUCCGCAGCCGAAGAGCGCCAAGUCGUCUCGACAGUCGACCCCGUCGACCACCACUCGAGGUCGAGCCACUCGUGGCAGACGCUGCUACGUUGACUCCGAUCCCGACGACGACGACAAGCUCUCCGACGACGAGUUUGAAGCAAAACUGGCGAAUGAGGCUGAGCAGGGCAGCAAGGACGACAAUGCCAUUGUCUUGUCUGAUGAAGAGCAGCAACGAGUCAAGCUUCUCGAGCAUGCCAAGAAGGAGAUGAGUUCAAAGAAGCUCGGCAACCCCGACAUGCAACUUCGCCUCGUGUGCAACAGCCCCCACAACUUCUUCGAUCCUUGGAGCUACGAGGGCAGCCCUCCGGUUGACGAGAGCAUCGUUACCUCGUCCGGCAAGAUGCUCAUGCUCGAUCGGCUCCUCCCCACCUUGUUCUCCAGGGGUCACAAGGUGCUCAUCUUCAGUCAGUUCAAGACCCAGCUCGACAUUCUCCAGGACUACUGUGAGCUGCGCAAGUGGAACGCCUGCCGCCUAGAUGGAUCCGUUUCCCAGGAGAGCCGGCGUGACCAGAUUAAAGAGUUCAAUCAGAACCCCGACUUCAAGAUCUUCUUGCUCUCGACGCGCGCCGGCGGCCAGGGCAUCAACCUCGCAAGUGCCGACACCGUCAUCCUCUUCGACAGUGACUGGAAUCCCCAGCAGGAUCUCCAGGCUCAGGAUCGCUGCCAUCGCAUCGGUCAGACCCGUCCCGUCAUUGUCUACCGACUCGCUACGAAGGGCACUGUCGAGGAGGAGCUUCUCCUGAGCGCCGAUGCCAAGCGCCGUCUGGAGAAGCUGGUUAUCAAGAAGGGCUCGUUCAAGACCAUGGGCCAGAAGGUGGAUCUUCAAGAGGAUCUGGACAAGGAGACGCUGAAGUCUCUGCUGUUGAAGGAUGGCCAGAUCUUCAAGCGCUCGGGAGAGCACGAGAUUCUCAGCGACAAGGAUCUCGACGUGCUUUGCGACAGGAGCGACGAGGCCUACUCCCAAGCUGCCCGGGGCACUGCCAAUGCCGAUGGAUACAAGGUUAUCGAGACGACUUCCGGUGGCAUCGCCAUUGCCGGCGAGGAUACCGCCUAAUUUGACUGGGCUGCCUUUUGGUGUUUCGCCUUUCUAUGGCCUUCUCCUGGAGGAUCCGAAAGAGUCCGUACAUUCACAUCGAUUCCAUUGGGACAUGCGAACAUCCAGGCCGCCUGCGGCCUUUCUUGCGUUAUCUCAGAAGCUGGCAGUUGGUUUAGAGUUACCAGAAUGCCGCCUUAUCUUGCCACGUGAGUCUUUAAUUAUAUUAAAAUGACCACUAUCGAGGGUAGAAGAGGACGAGCACUGGAGAUUGGAAGAAAUGGGAAUGGAGUCUACUACGAGAGCCCGGCCAUAGCCGUGGCUCACUCUUGGGAAUGAAGGAUGGAAGAUGGUUUUGAUGCUUCGUUUCCCGGAUGAAGGAUAUCUUUGGCUUUGGGGAAGGUUAGACAACUCUUGUAAACUUGUAUUGGCGUUUGAUACCCGGAACAUGUUUGGACGACAUGAUUAGCUAGCUGUCGACCAAAUACUCACAUUUAUGUACGUAACUCGUAGCCGAAGGGGGUCGCCCGCAUGCUGUGUUGUCAUUCAGCUAGGGUGCUACAAGGCACGCACACGUUUGGUCUUUGACCGUUGCAAAA